AUGAAGAGCUUCGAAAUUGAGUUAGAUCUAGACGCUGAACAUAUUAUGUGGAUGUACCACUUAAGAUACUUUGUUCAUUAUAAAAAAAAAUAUGAUACAUUUAUAAAAUUUAAAGGAAGCAAAGCAUUCUUAAAAGGGGAAGAUUUACAUAGAGUUUAAUGUGCUGUUUAGGAUGCAGUGAUAAAGGCAAAACAUGAGUUUAUUUAUGAUUUUUUGAUGCAAUCAAAUAAUCCAGAUGAGAAUUAUGGACCAUAUAUGGAUUUAUUAAGUAAUUAGGAAUAUGAAAAUAUGAAAAAACAAUAUUCUGGAUUAUUUAUAUUUUCAAAAAGAUAGUUUAUGCAAAUAAAGCAAGAUUUAAACGAUAAAUUUGGUUAUAUAGUUAAUUUAUCAAGGCAAUAUCCUUUGAAUUAUGUGAUUAUAUUUUUACCUUCAAGCAAACAAUCUUUAUUGAUUUAGAGGAUUUAAGAUUUAGUAUAAUAAAUCAACAAUAAUAUUGAUUAAGGAAUUACUCCUUAUAAUUCUUAAUAUUAUAGUUACAGAAAUAGGGAUUUGGCUAAUAGAAACAUAUUUAGAAAAGUUUAUCAAAUAAAGAUGAGAGAUGAAUAAGCAAUCCAAAUAUUUUUAAUUUUCGAUAUAAGGAGAAUGGAAGAGUAUUUUAAAGCAUCAUUUAGUUUAAAAGAUUAUGGUGAUUAUGUGAUAUUUGUUAUAUAAGGGUCAUCCGAUUCUGGAUGUUAAGAGGUGAUUUCUACUUUAGAGAAUCAUUUAAAGCACAAAAUAUUAUCUUAAAUAGAAAAUGAACAAAGAGAUUUUUAAGAGAUGAAUAUGAAAAUAGUAAAAAUUGAAGAAAUAGAAUCAAUAGCAAAUAGAUUGGAUUAAUGUUUUGGAACAGAAAUCUUGAAAAGAGUUACAAAUAAGUUUUCGAAGAGUAAUUUCAUAUUUACAGAUGCGGAAUUAUUUAAUUUUAUAAGAUAAAAAUAAAUGAACGAAGAUAUCAAUUAGAUUUCAAGAAUCACUAAUAGUAAUUUUUAGAGUGAAGUUGCAAAAUAAAUAGAUAGCCUAUUGAUAUCAGAAGAUAUCAGUGGAAUUUAAUUGAAUAAAUAGAAAGAUUUGAAAGAGAACUUAUAAUAUGAAUACCUAAACAAUAAUGAUUCUGAAAUAGUGAUACCAAUAAAAUAGCAGAUUGGAUAGUAGGAAAUAAAUUAAUACGAUAGUAUUUAAAUGGAAGAAGAGGAAGAAUAAUAAGAUAUGAAAUAAUUGAAGACCAUAAAAGAUCAUAAGAUUGAGACCUUAAAAGAUAAAAUUAUUGUAGAGUUCUUCAAUUAUAAGGAAAAAUCCAAAUUUUAUCUCUUUUAAAAUAACUUUGAUGAAGAGUUGUUUUAUUCAGAUUUUGAUGUAUAUUGUACAGAGAAUUACAAUUUACCUCAUGUUAUUUAGCCUGAUUCUAGUGAAUAAAAUCAAUUAAAAUUUAUAAUCGAGAUAUUUUCUAACGAAUUUAAAAAUAACAUAGUUGAAAUAACAGAUUUUUUAGAUCAUUACAUGAAUUGCUAAGUUAUGUUAGGUAUUAAAAAUGCUAAAUAACUGAAACAUGAAGAAUUUGAAGAGUUAUGUGAUGAUUUCAAUUGUUCAUUUUAAAUUUACAAUUGUGAUCUGAAUCCUAAAUAGAUAGGUUGGUCAAAAAAUGAAGCUAUGCCAUAAAAAAGUGAAAAAGGUAAAGAUGUUGCCAUUAUCUUUUCAAACAUAAUGCAUUGUUUCAUCGGUUAAUUAUAAGAAAAGGUUAAUAGUCUUAAUUAAUUAGCUAAAAAGAGUAUUAUUACUUUAUUGUUUCAAUCUUAAUUUGAAUAUGCAUAUGAUUUAUGUGAAAUUAAGAAAUUAGAUUUAUAUUGUUAAUUUAAUUUUGAUGAUUGUUAUUGGGUUUAAAUUACAGCUAAUAAUCCAAAAGAGAUUAUCGAGAAAAUAAAAGAAGACGAUUCCAAAAUAUUAUAGUAGACUUUAAGUAAGCAACCUGUAUGUUAAAAUGAAGCAAUAAUAUUAGCUAAAGGAUUAUAGGAAAGAGACUUUUAUGAUGUCUUUAUUCCUGAACUUUAUUGUAAAUACUAUGAAAAGUUAAGGAGAGAUUAUUUGAAUAAAUAAUUUACUGAAGAAGAAUGGAAGAAUGUUAAAAUUGAGCCUGAUGAAAAAUUGUUUGUUGUUGAUGUAACAGAUUUAGGAGUAUAACCUACUCAUUUAGAGCCAAUAAUAGAAGUUCUUGCUAGUUUGAAUAGUAUUAUAUAUUUCACAUUAUAUUAUUAGAAAAGGGUAAAGUGAUAGAAAAUACAAAUGAUUUGUAGCAAGGUGUCUAUUUGAUUGGAAGAUCAAGAAAUGUAAAUUCAGAUUCAUUUGAAUUAAUAAUAAACAAUCACAUCAUUAGGUACGUGUAUUAAAGUAAUUUGUAUUAGCUCCAUAAUAAAUAUCAAAUGAUUAAUAUAUAUAACUAUUAUCAUCAAUUAUGCAUUUUAACAAUUAAAUAUGGGCCAUUUUGUGGAAAAAUAUGAA